AUGUGCAGAACCAAAUUAGUCGACUUUACAGAUAAAACUGAUAUCAAGGACAUCUUGAAAAAAUCAAUUCAAACAUUUAUAAAUGGAUGUGAAAUUUGUCAACAAUGUAAAUACGAGCGUCAUCCGAUAAAAAUUGCGAUGAAUCUCACCCCCACUGCAUCAAAAGCGAUCGAUACGUUCACUUUUGGAGUGUCAACAUUUUUCACAAUUAUAGACAGUUUUUCUAAAUAUGCUCAAGAAUAUCAGAUUACUUCGCUUUCAGGGACUGAAAUUGCUAAUAAUAUGAUAUUAUUCUUUUCUCAUCAUGGAAUUCCUACCCGAAUUAUCGCAGAUAAUGGCAUUGAAUUCAAAAAUACUGUUGUAGCUGAACUUUUGUCACUUCAUAAAAUUAAGCUUCAUUUUAUUUCGCCAAAUCAUCCAGAUUCUAAUGGAGUCGUUGAACGAUUUCAUUCAACUAUCACCGAACAUUUAAGAUUGUUGAACACAGAAGGCUUUCAGAAAGCCCCUAUAAAAAUGAAAAUGUUGUAUGCCAUUUUAGCCUAGAACCACACCUUACAUUCUGUCACAAAAUUAAAGCAUAUAGAUAUAAUCAAUGGACAUAUUACGUCGAAUCAACCAUUCGAUAUCAAAAUCGACCAAUUACUCCUCAAUGACUAUACCAACAGCCACAUAGAGCGUACAAAGCUAUUGUAUUCAAAAAUAAAUUCUGAUCUCAUUCAAAACAAAGAGAAAACGCGUUCCCUGGAAUCAUAGGAAUCCAUGGUACGAUAUC